AUGAAGGCUUCCAACAUCUGGCUGGGUCUCCUCGGUGCUGCGGUCACCACGCUUCCCACCGGUGCUGACACCACGGGCUACCUUACAACCUGCUAUGACUACGGCAUCGGAAAUGGCGAAUGUGACCCACGCAACAACAAAGAAGAAUGCGAUUACGAUGGGGGUGAUUGCUGCGAGUGCACUUGUGACCCCAGCCUCGGCACCUCGGACGACCUGUGCAAGUCCGACAGCUUCUACGCCUGCAUCGACCCUCUUGCUCCUUGCGUCGACGAAGACGACGACGUAACCGCCGACAUGUUUCAUGAGUACCAACGCUGGCACCAGUUCGGAGACGGUCUCUGCGACCAGGAAAACAACGUACCGGAAUACGACUACGAUGACGGGGACUGCUGCGAGUGCACCUGCGAGACAGACAACGAGCACCUCUGCCAGUUCUUCGUCUGUCUCGACCCUGAGGCUGAGUGCGCGGAGGACGACGACACCAACACCGAUGAUGCGAUGUCGUACGAGUUCAUGCUUUGGGAGACGGAGGACUAAAUGGCUGCCUGUUCUUGGAUGACGUCGGCAAACAUCCCAAAACAACAGUAGCAAAGUGUGAUUGUCUGAGGUUUGACGCUAUUUGAGCUGUUUUCAAGCCAUGUAUUUGCAUGAACGGUUGUACGUGCCCUGGGCGCAGGUUUGUCUUUGUUUCUCGAGAGCACGGAGUACGGGGUGCUGGAUAUCGAGUAAGAAUCGUUUCGCGCACCGUGAGCCGUCUUUCCUGUAGGGACCUUGCUCGCUCUCUUGGUUUUUGUUUCAUUUCAA